AUGGCAGAUCUUGUCCUUAAGUGGUGCUGCUUCCUGCUGUCGCUGCUGGCCUGCCUCUCAGCGGCGAGCCUCGAAACCAGCCACCUCCAGCUGCCAUUCAUAGUGUCCGCUUUGGAUAGCGGUGCUUCCAAUGUAGAAAAACUGCGUGUGCAACUUCGACAAGCAGUGGAGGUGUCCUCAUAUGUCGACCUGCUCUUCACUGCAACUGAGUUUCUUGUACAUGCAGAUGGAGCUUCGCGCAGCUAUACAUAUUUCCGAUUUCCGCAUGUCAUGUCGUUUUUUCGUACUGUCCAUGCUUACUGUUCAGUGCGCAGCUUGCUUCGAGGGAAAGAGGUAUAA